GAUCUCCGCCUGUAUAAAAUGCCGGCUGCGGGCGGAUGCGGCUUUUCCGCUCUCCUGUGCGCCUGUCGCUCGGCAUGGCACCGGCAGACGUGAACAAAGUGCUGGAGCUGAAACUUCAGCUGAAAGAAAGCACUGAAGGACACACGCUUGUGAAAACCUUGAAGAAGCUUCAAGAACUAGACAUAACCCUUGAAAUUCUUGCUGAAACUGGAAUUGGUAAAGUGGUGAACUCCUUUCGCAAACACGAUGAUGCAGGUGAAGUCGCCAAAUCGUUAGUGCACCGAUGGAAAAAACUGGUUCAGAAUCCAAGCACUGCACAGAAUCAUCCCAGCACCCCAAAGGAACCGUCUAAGACCCAAAAUGAACAAACGGACCAAGAAAAAUGUCCGACUUCUCAGAAUGCAGUUUGUUCUGAAAGGAAACUUGAGAACGAAAACCCUGAACACAAACAGUCCAGGAGUGUUGACGGGAAACGUAAAGUAAAGCCGAUCACAGGCAAAUCGAAUGACUGCGUAAAUAACGCCAAGGAAGACGGCGUAAAGAACGACUCCGAGGUGUGUCUCGUGUCGCAGAUUUCAAUCCCUGAUGGAAAAACAUUCCAGCCAAAGGAGAAAUCGAGCAGCAACUCUCACGCCGAGCGAAAGGACGACGCCAAGUGUAAAGUUUCCGACGUAACCAAUAAAUACAGGCCUAAAGUGUCAAUGAAGGGCAAAAACAAAAGCCAUCAGAGUGAGGAAAAAAGAGCAAAGAACCAAAAGAAAAGAAAAGAAAAAGACAAUGACAUGGAAAAGGACUUGGAGAUCGAUGACUCUGGAAUGCCGUCCAUGUCUUUUGAGGAAUGCUUGAGUUAUGAUCUUGAGGCUCUGAAACGGAAGAGAAAAUCGUGUGAAAGUAAAAACAUGAAACGCGUCAAGCUUGACCAAAGACCGGAGGUCAAAACGCAUGACACAAAGCCAGGAACAUCCAUUCCCGAAGCCCCGAUCAGAGCGGCCCCGAAGAGAUGCGUGAUGGACCUGCUCAAUGUGCCGUUACCCCCGAUUUCUCCAGAGUGUGAGGAUGCGUCUCAGUAUCAGUACUUUACAGAAAAAAAAGUCGAUGAAAAGGCUGCUGAGGACUGUGAGGAAGCCCCAGUGUUCACUGGUCAGAGGCUGAACAAGAAGAUGCAGGUGUACUCUGGGACUAAGGUCGUGUUCCUCCCCACCAUGAUGACCUUGUACCAGCAGUGCAUCCGGACACUGCAGAACAACAUUGACUCUAUUUAUGAAAUCGGAGGCGUGCCGUUUGAAAUUUUGGAGCCAGUGCUGGAACGGUGUACGCCGGAGCAGCUGCUGCGGAUUGAAGAAUGCAAUCCUGUGUACAUCGGAGUGACUGAUCACCUGUGGGAGAAGCACUGCAUCAAAGACUUCAGGAACGCUCAGCUGGAGGAGUACGAGUCCUGGAGAGAGAUGUACCUCCGACUGUUUGAAGAACGAGAACGCAAAUUCAAAGCUCUCACCAAGAGCAUUGUGUCUGCUCACUCUGGAAAGCCCAAAGGAAGACAGGUGAAGAUGGCGUUUAUCCAUUCAGCUGCCAAACCACCUAGAAACAUCCGCAUCCAGCAGGAACUCCACGGCACAGCAAACACCGUCCUUUCUCAAACCACAGAUAAAGUCAGUGGAAGAAUUAGUGAGAGCAGAAGUCGACCAAGCCUCAGUGAGCCUCCUAAACCUUUUAACACAGGAUCAGGAGCCAGCCAGCCCCAAGAGCCACGACGGAUCAGACAUUUCCAUGAGUUCCUAAACGUGAAUCAUGCUGCAGCAUAUCUACACAUACAUCAGCUCCAGGAGAACAAUGGCCAAUCAGGUGGCUCAUAUGAUAACCUCACAGUGAGCCAUGUGAGUCACAACCAGAUGCCCAAGCCUGGAGUGGGAGAGCUUUCAGGUGAGCAUCUGUUGCUAUUGAUCAAGGAAGACCACCAAACUACGGUGGAACCUGGUAGAAUUACUGGCAUGAGGCUGAAGCUCGAAACCUUAGUGCUGAGCCUUCUGAGUCUUUUUUUCCCCAGCUUUAUUUGCUUAGUUAAAGAAAUUCAUCAUGAAUACAACUAAUUUUGCUCUAUUUUGUGAUGUUUUGUUUAAUAAAAAGGGUAUGCUGGUCUUCCUGGCUUCUUUUUCAGCUGUUCCUGGGGUUGUAGUCAGCAAUAAAAUCAAAAAUAAAUGUAUUUUUACUUUAACAUACAACAUUGUGCAAUAUUUUGCUAGUUU